AUGUCCGCCUUCCUGCGCGGGCCGGGAGGGGCGGGCGGGGCAGCCCGGGCGGCGCGGGGCCCCGCGGGGCCCCCUGCCCCUCGGUCUGUGCUGCGGUGCCCUCUGUCCCGCGCCCCGUGGCGGCUCCGGCGGGCGGCGGGCGCAGGCCGAGGUGUGCGCGGGGACACGGGCUGGCGCCCCGCCGCGGGGAGCGGCCGCUCCGCUCCGCUCCGGGCUGGGCUGGGCUGGGCCGGGGAAGGACGCUGCCCGCCGCCGGUCUGCCCCAGCUGCCUGGAGGCGCCUCAGAGCUGCCUGGUCCUUCGGGGGAACGGGCGCGGUCCCGCCUCGGCAGUCGGAGCGUUCCACACCUCGGGCCUGUGCUCGCUGCCGGGAGGGGACAGGUGCCUGCAAGCCUGCGAGGGUCACCCCCCUCGGGGGGUCCUGGGAGCUGCUCAGGUCUCCGUGCUGCGAGAUCUUCUCGAGUCUGGGCAGCCGGCCCGCGGUGGCCCUUCUAGAGCAGAGGGGCUGGAGAAGUUAGACCUCCAGAGGUCCCUCCCAGCUGCUGCCAUCCUGUGUCCGCAGGCAAGUGGAGGCCACUGUCCACAACACCAGAAGUCCACAGCGUUCCGGAGGAUGUCCCGACAAGAGCCAUGUCCAAGAUUCCACCAGGGACUGUUUCUUCAAAUAAGGAAACUCCAGGAAAGUAAUGAGUUAAAAUAAUAGCAGACAGAUGCCACUGUACUGGUUCAGUUCUUCAACUUCCACUGCAGUUCCAGAAAUGGCAACGGCAUUUUUACAAAGAUGACUAAAAAUUAUGUAGAGAAUGACAAGCCAUAAAUCUCUGGUCACUGAACAGUUGCCAGUAGCAAACCUGAAUCACAAGCACCAUGAGUUAGUUUCAAAGUCAUGGCCAAGAAACAAAUUGUCUGUAGCCAAGUGCUAGGGCAUUUGAGCUGUUCAGUUGUGGAUAUUCACCAUUUGCUAUCUGGCUUUAUUCAGAGGAAAAAAAAUAAAUUGCAUUCUCCAUUUUGCUUUUUCUUGUGCA